AUGACUUCAAAAGAGAAUCAUAAAUAUGAUGAUAACAGCGAUAACGAUUAUACAUCUGAGGAAUCUUCCCACGACGACGCCAAUUAUUUCGAAGAAUCUUCAGAGAGUGAACCAGAAACUGAAUGCGAACUUUGGGAUCACAAUUGUAAAGUUAUCCCCAAUUCACCAUCUUCAUUAAUUGGUUAUCACUUGAUGCCUACUUGUAGCAGAGAUCCAGAUACAAUUCCACAAAAGAAGUUAAAAAUAUCAGCAGAAAUACGCAAAAAUCUAGUCAGAGCAGACUUUUUCAAUGAUCUUAAAGACCAUUGGAGCAAAGAUGAAAAACUAUCAAAUCCAGAUGUAGAAUUAAUUACAGAACCUUUUAAAGUGUGUGUAAUACAUAAAUUUAUAGAUAACGAAGAUGUGUUGGAUAAUGUUAGGCAAGAAUUUAAUGAACUCGACUGGAAUAUGAGGAAUAUGGACCUGUAUGAAUUUUUUCAGUCUAAGGACUUAAAAUAUUUAAAUUUUGAAUAUAUUAAUGCCAUAUUUAAUUUUUUAAAAGGGGAAGCCAUGGAAUGGGUAGCAAACCUCACUGGCUAUAGUCUGACGCAUAUAUCAGCCACAUGUAGCUUAUACAGCAACACUGAUUACCUCCUAGUUCAUGAUGACCAAAGAGAAGAUAGAAUGGUUGCCUUUGUGUUAUAUUUAACAGGUAAAAACGGUUGGAAUGAAAGUAAGGGCGGGGCAUUACAGCUAUUCAACAAGGAUGAAACGGGUCAACCAAAAACUUGUGUUCGUAAUAUAUUUCCUGCAAAUAAUCAGCUGGUGUUGUUUCCGGUCACGAGUGAUUCCUAUCACCAGGUAGCUGAAGUGACGACCAUAGACGACUGUAGACUUAGUAUAAACGGGUGGUUCCACGUAAAAAUACCGCCUGUAUUCAAAGCCCCAAUCUACCACCCCUUAAAUGACGGUUUGUACAGUAAAAACUCUAUUAAAGCCAAAGAAGUUGAUAUCGACUUAGUGUCCUGGUUAUCGGAAGAUUAUUUGGACUCGAAAUCGAUCAAGAUAAUAAAGAAGCAUAUACAAGAAAACUCAGAGAUUUCAUUGAGGAAAUUCUUCAGGAGUGAGUGCUUCAAUGAGAUUUCUCGUACUUUGGAUAGUUCAGAUACACGAUGGAUAUCAUUCGGACCUCCGAAUCGUUAUUGCUACGAGAAAAUCGACAUGAAUAAUUUACCUCACGUUCUAGAAAGGUUUUUGGACCUCUUUCAAUCCAGCGCCAUGUUCUUGCUUCUGGAACAAUACACGGAUCUGGAACUGAGCAGACCGAACGCUUCUAUGAAAUUCGAGUUGCAGAGGUGGACUUGCGGCAAUUAUACGUUACUGUCCGAUUUCGACUGGGACGAGACCAUCGAGCUGGACUUGAUCGUUUAUUUCGGCUGCGAGAAGACGUCUGACGUAAUAGGAGCCAGGACCCAGUACGUUACGAUCGAAGACGAAAUUCAGAACGCGCUAAUAACGCUGGAACCCGAAGAGAACAAUUUAAACGUUGUGUACAGAGACACCGCCAGAUUUACCAAGUAUUUUAGUAAACAGAGCAAGUGUAAAAAAUUUUAUACUUUAGUUUGUUCGUAUUCCGAAUAA